AUGAACUUACCUCUGCUAGCCCUUUUGCUAGCCGUUCGCGUCAUCGCUUUUCCGGAGCCACCACUCCGAGGAGUCAGUGGACUACUUGACGAUCCAGACCCUGUUUUGAAGCUGAAGGAUGCAAACACAACUAGCAAUAAGGCUCUUGAUAUUGCUACCAUAGUGAAAAUCUGGAAAAGGUUCCAUGACCUCAGAGGAAAGAUUUUGAGGAGCCUCACGUUGUCUCCAAAACAGCGAACAGCAUUUUCAAAGAAGCUAAAGACGUGGGAGAGACUAGCUGGAGAGCACACGAAUUCUGCUGGAAAUUCUAUAGAUGAAAUCAACAAAAAGAGCGGCAUUGGGCGUAUUCUCUUUCAAGGCGACGUCUUACUUACAAAGGCUCAAGCCGAACGAAUCGCUGACGACAUAGAAGACGAUGGCAGUACCCGCAUGAAGCGCCAGGCAUUCCGUGACAAGUAUUACCCCCAAACCAUAUGGUCGAAAGGAGUAUACUACUACUUCGAUCCCAGUACAAAUUCACAGGCAAGAAGUGUCUUUAAAAAAGCAGUGAAAGCAUGGGCAAAGGACACCUGCAUUGACUUCCAUCAGAGUGCAUAUCAUCCUGACAGAAUCCGAGUUCACAAAGGAGAUGGAUGUUGGUCACAGUUGGGAAAACCUGAUUGGAUUGAGCAGUACGCGAAGGAAACUAGGCUUACCAAUGAUAACUACGGCAUAACAUAUGACUAUGGUGGUAUCAUGCAAUAUGAUGUCAUGAGUUCGAGCCGAAAUGGAAAACCCACUAUGCUGCCACAUGACAUGGGAUAUGUUGAAACCCUCGGAUCGGGGAUCAUCUCUUUCUACGAACUGCUCAUGAUCAACAAGCAUUACGGAUGCCUGGCAAAAUGCUCUGGAAAGCCUAAUUUAUGUAUGAAUGGAGGUUUCCCUAACCCAAGAAAUUGUUCAAAAUGUGUUUGUCCCAGUGGAUACGGUGGAGAGCAUUGUAACCAAAAACCAUCUGGAUGUGGUACGGUGCUGCAGGCUUCCAGGACACCCAAGACAUUCACUGAUACGAUUGGCAGCAACCGUAUGGCUGAAAGAGAAGAUUACAAGUUUUGUUACUACUGGAUCGAGGUCUGUUGA